CUCCACUGAGGCGACGUGUGCUGAUGAUCCCAAUUUUCUGGAUUCAGUGCCAAAUGAAUCCACGUUAAGGUCCUCGUUGUCAUGUUCAGCAGAGGCAAUGUCGCAUAGGUUCUGGGUUUGUCUGGAUUUUCUAGGCUGCAUCAAUAGAAGUGUGAAAUUGACGACGAUGACAAAUUUUGUGGAGAAAUUUUUAAGUUCAUUAGACUGUUGGACCUUUGCAAUGAGUGAUUCCUGGGGCUGUAUUUGACUUCAAUGGAUGGGAACUGCAUUAGUACAAUACCUUAUUUGAAGUUGUGUUUCAUCAGUUGCAAAGAACAGUUGGAUCUUGAAUUACAAUGUGCAAGUCGAAUAGGAUUAACAACUGACAAGGAUAUCAGGCUUUUUCUUUUCGGCGUGCUCCCGGGAAAUAAUUAUCAUCUAGUCCCAUUUGUCGGGCACUGACAGCAGAGAAACUACAUUCUUGAAUUGUUGCUUUUCACUCUUAAUUUGUACCAACUUUGUUGCAAUGCUUGCAAUGUGGGCAGAUUAUCCUGUUAUUGUGUUCCUUACAUUCUUGAAACUUGUUUUGCUUGUUCUAAAGAGGCCCUUUUUUGUAAUGCAUACUAAUUUAUUGGAAAAUGUAUUGUUUUAAAGAGUAAGAUAAAUCUUGGAAUUGUGUGUUUAAUAUUUUGGCAUUAUUUAUGUUUUGUUACUAACUUCCAUUUUUCAUGACACUGAUGGCAUAAAAACAAAAUUAUGGUGAGUUUUCACUGUUAAUUUGUACCAAUUUUGUUGCGAUUCUGGUGACCUGGGCAGACUAUCCUGUUUAUAUGUUCCUUAAAUGAUGCUUCUUGAAACUUGUUUUGCUUGUUCUAAAGAUGUGCUUUCCCCACUCUGCAUAAUAUUUAUUGGAAAACGUACUGUUUGAAUGAGCUGAAUGAAUCCUGAAAAUGUGUGUUUAAAUAUUUUGGCGUCAUUGUGGGUGACUGAAUAUGCAUUGUCCUAUUAGGGGAAAUUUCCACGGGGAGGUAUAAUUAUCAUAUUCUGAGGGAAGAAGUUAAAACUUAAAACGUGAUUGUUAAGUUGUUACAUGAAUUAAAUUUAAGAGGAAACAAAAUACCCAUCAUCUCUUUAUUACGUUCUUGUAUUUUUGUUUUCUUUUUUAAAUCAAUUUCCUCUAAUUUUACAGAAAGUUCAGAGUGGAAACUGGAAGUAGCUUCAUCUUGAUAGACUUGUUUCACUUAUUGGUAGGUAUACAAUUGAUGAUAUUUUGUCCUGUUAAUAAUGUGCACCAGGUAAAUGGCUGCCUAUUAUACUUCGACAAAAUUCCUGAUGGCUUUUAUCUAAUUCACGGGAUGGAUCCCUAUAUAUGGACCAUGUGCACUGAUCUGCAGGAAAAUGGCCGAAUUCCAUCAGUUGAUACACUAAAGUCUAUGGAUCCCUCUUCUGUUUCUUCUCUUGAAAUAGUUUUGGUGGAUAGACGUAGUGAUCCUAGCUUAAAAGAAUUGCAAAACAAAGUACAUGACAUUUCUUGUAGCUGCAUGACGACAACAGAGGUUGUAGACCAUCUUGCCAAGCUGGUUUGCAAUUACAUGGGGGGUUCAGCUUCAGUUUGGGAAGAUGAAUUUUUUCCCGUCUGGAGGGAGUGCAUUAAUGAUCUGAGAGAUCGCUUAGGAUCUGCUGUUGUUCCAAUUGGCAGUCUAUCUAUUGGACUCUGCAGGCAUCGUGCUAUAUUAUUCAAAGUACUAGCUGACACAAUUGAUUUACCGUGUCGAAUUGCAAAGGGUUGUAAAUAUUGCUCAAGAGAUGAUGCCUCCUCAUGUAUUGUUCGAUUUGAGCUUGACAGGGAAUAUAUGGUUGAUCUAAUUGGGAAGCCAGGUUGCUUGUGCGAGCCUGAUUCCUUGCUCAAUGGUCCAUCUUCCAUCUCAUUUUCUUCACCCUUGCGCUUUUCAAGACUUAAACCAGCUGAACCUACCAUUGAUUUCAGGUCAUUGGCCAAACAGUAUUUCUCAGAUUGUCUAUCUCUUGAGCUUGUCUUUGAUAAUGGUUCUGCAGAACAGAAGUGCAGAGACAGGAAUAACCGUGGGCCAAUUCCAAAUGAUAGCAACAGAGGUUCUCUCAUUCGUCCGUACCCACAAGCUUACCAUCCAAGCCGGCAUGAUCAAGGUUCUGAAACAUUUGAAUCAUGUAACCUUCCUCAGAACGUUGUAGAACUGACAACUGUGGAAAAGGAUCCACUGCCUUUAAAGCAUAACCUUCCUGGUCAUAGAGAUGCACAAACCCCAUUAGCACUAAAAAAUUUCAAUGUUGAUGUUAUUGAGGGUAGGGGUUUUGUUGAAGGAAGUCAACUGAUUCCUAGCAAACCUACUAGAGAGCUUGCCCUUGAUAUGGAGGAUUUGGACAUACCGUGGAGUGAUCUUGUUUUAAAAGAGAGAAUAGGAUCAGGUUCGUUUGGAACUGUACAUCAUGCUGAGUGGAAUGGCUCAGAGGUUGCUGUGAAAAUUCUGAUGGAACAGGACUUUCAUGGUGAACGCUUUAAGGAAUUCCUGAGGGAGGUUGCAAUUAUGAAACAUUUGCGGCAUCCAAACAUCGUUUUAUUUAUGGGUGCUGUCAUUAAGCCUCCUAAUUUAUCAAUUGUCACAGAAUAUUUGUCAAGGGGGAGCUUAUAUAGGCUGUUGCAUAAACCUGGUGCCAGAGAGGUGUUGGAUGAGAGGCGUAGGCUUAGUAUGGCUUAUGAUGUGGCUAAGGGGAUGAAUUAUCUUCAUAAACGUAAUCCUCCCAUUGUUCAUAGAGAUCUGAAAUCUCCAAACCUUCUCGUUGACAAGAAAUAUACAGUGAAGGUAUGUGAUUUUGGGCUUUCCCGACUAAAGGCAAAUACAUUUCUUUCAUCCAAGUCAGCUGCAGGGACUCCUGAAUGGAUGGCUCCAGAAGUUCUUCGUGACGAGCCUUCCAAUGAGAAGUCAGAUGUUUACAGCUUUGGUGUCAUCUUGUGGGAGAUUGCAACAUUGCAACAGCCGUGGGGUAAUUUGAAUCCAGCACAGGUUGUGGCAGCUGUUGGCUUUAAGGGAAAAAGACUUGAGAUGCCACAUGAUUUGAAUCCACGAUUAGCCUCAAUAAUUGAGGCUUGCUGGGCCAACGAGUCCUGGAAACGCCCGUCUUUUUCAAGUAUUAUGGAUUCUUUGAAAGUAUUGCUCAAAAUCCAUACACCUCAACCUGGUCGUCCAAACAUGCCAUUGCUUACCUGAAUGGUUGGAAUCCUAGAUGUCAUUCAUGCACAUACUUCAAGGUUUUAUUAGUGCUGAUGUCUAGCAGUAGUACGCUGUUUUAUUAGUCCCAGAGGCACAGUUGUAUAUUUCUGUUCUAAUUCGAUUAAGAAUACCGAUUUUUGACGCAAAGCAUGGAUCCUCCAUCUUUAUUCCAACAAAAUAUUUUGAUUACUGUACUAAAAAAAAAAUUUGUUUGAUUAGUGAUCCAAUAAUGUCGUGAAGAAAUGUAUAAUUUUUUUCAUCCAUAUUUUUGU